AUUUCUGAUAAAAACUAAGAUUAGCAGCAGCAGAGGCAGCGGCGCCCAAUAAAGGUUCUGCCCUCGAAGGCGAACCAGAAAUUAUAAAAUGACAUGGAUUCUUGAGGGGAAAACAUUUUGAAAUAACAAAACGUGAUUGAAGUGUCAAGACGGUCAAUUUAUCAAAAAAAAUUAUAGAAAAUAACGAAUAAAAUCUUGGGUCCCCAAGGAAAGGAAGCAAAGUGACACUAAAAUCCCAGGGAUACCCAACCAAAGAAAACCCAAGAAUCGAAUAGCCUAAUAUGUGCAAAGAAUUAAUUAAGUUAAAAUUAAUAUAAAAUUAAAAUAAAAUAAAAUUAAGUGUAUCGAAAAUUAAGCAAAAAACAAAAAAAAAUCUCAAAAAUGAAUGCCAGCAUCAUAACCUCAACAAUGGCAUCGGCAGUGGUGUCAAAUGGCAGCGGUGUCAUCAGUGAUAUAAGCCAAUUUGUAUUCAACUCCGUGGACUAUAGCGUUUUCGUAUUUAUGCUCUGCAUAUCGGCCGGUAUUGGUGUCUAUUUUGGGUUCUUCGCCAAGGGCGAGGAUACCACCGAAGAAUAUCUGCAUGGCGGCAAACAAAUGAAAACCCUACCAAUUGCCAUAUCAUUGGUGGCCAGCCAGCUGUCGGGCAUUUCGAUAAUGACCAUACCCGCGGAAAUGUAUAGUUAUGGUAUAAAUUGGUUUUUCAAUGUCGUAUCGAUGGUCAUUAUUAUACCGAUUCUGCUAUGGGUUGUCAUUCCGGUGUUCUACAAUAAUAAUAUUUCCAAUUGUUAUGAGUAUCUGGAAGUACGUUUCAAUCGCAAGACACGUGAACUACAAACCAUAGCCUUUAUGGUAACCCUGUUCCUAAUGUUGCCAGUUUUUAUUUUUAUACCCGCUUUGGCAUUUUCUCAAGUGACUGGAAUCAAUAUCCAUCUGAUCAAUGGUGUCGUCUGUGCCAUCUGUGUUUUCUAUACCAUGUUUGGUGGCAUUAAGGCCGUGGUCUGGACCGAUGUGGUGCAAGCGGCUAUUAUGGUCAUGUCGGUGACAUUGGUGGGAGUAUUGGGCGCCAUUAAGGUGGGAGGUGUGACUGAAGUCUUUCGCAUUGCCGGCGAGGGUCAACGUUUAAAUGUCAACCUGGAGUUUGAUGCCACCACCCGUUCGACAUUCUGGAAUAACUUCAUAUCUUCAACAAUUAUGUGGACCUCCUAUGUGGGCCUGAAUCAGAGUUGUGUGCAACGUAUUGUCUCACUGCCUUCGCUGAAACAUGCCAGGCGAUCCCUAAUCAUCUUUGGCUUCGGCUUCGUAAUGAUCAUGUUCUUCAAUUGUUUCACCGGCAUUGUAAUGUAUGCGCGCUACCAUGACUGUGAUCCCCUGGAGGCCGGCUUUGUCAGCAAGGCCGAUAAAUUGAUGCCCUUCUUUGUCCAAGAUGUUGUGGGCCAUCUGAAGGGUAUGCCGGGUGUGUUCAUUUCCUGUGUCUUCAGUGCAGCCUUGAGUACCAUGUCGGCGGGUAUGAAUUCGCUGGCGGGCAUUGUCUAUUUCGAUUAUAUCAAACCGCAUAUCAAGCACACGGAACGUCGUGCCAACUUGACAAUGAAGACACUUGUCCUCUUGACCGGCCUCUAUUGCAUCUUGGCCGGCACUGUGGUGGAGAAAUUCUCUUCCAUAUUGCAGAUUGUCUAUUCCAUUGGUGGCGUGACCUUUGGUUCGGUCUUUGGGGUAUUUUUGUUGGGUAUGCUGGUACCCAAGGCUCAUGGACGUGCGGCAUUUUGGGCGGCCAUUUCCAGUAUGCUGGUAAUGGUCUACAUUGUUGGGGCAUCGCAGGGUCGAAAUCAUUAUGAAACGCUACCCAGCUCGGUGGAGUCAUGUCCGGUCCUCAACAUGACCAGCGCCAGGCUAACAUCCCCCUUGGUUGCCAUGUCACAUCAACAAGACUCCGAUAGCCUAUCCCCUGCCACCGACAAAGGUUUCCACAUACUCGAUCUCUCUUUCAAUUGGUACUCCACGUUGGGCGCCAUCAUCGUCUUUGCCGUUGGCAUACCGCUCAGCUACAUUUUAUCACCCGAAAAGGGUGCCAAGUUUGAUGUGAAAUUAUUAUCGCCUAUCAUUCAACCUUUUGCCAACUACGAGUUGGCCCAGACCGAGGAGGUGUUAGAAGUUAUCACCGCAAAAACGAAAUCAUAAAUUUUUUCAGAAAUAAACAACAGCGACCGACGGAGCAACCAAACAAACCUCAGAACAAAAUAAACAUAGAUAAUAAUAAUAACAACAACAACAAUGACUGUUAUAUAAUUCAAGAGUACUGUUAUUGUGUCUGUAUGUAUGUAUUAAUAUUAAGUAUGUAUGUAUGUACUAUGUACAUUCAAUAAA